AUGGCGUCGCCCAUAGACACUGAGCUCGGGUUUGUCGAGAAAGUCGACUGCUGGCGUCUGAACAGUAAAUUUUUUCCGAGUAAGGUCGGAGGUAAACCGUCGUGGUUGCGGUUGAAAAAUCUACCCGCAGAAAACCUUCUUCAGUGCCAUAAUUGCAAGAAACAAUGUGUUUUCCUCUUGCAAGUUUACGCUCCCGUCACGGAGAAAGAAUCGUGUUUUCACAGAACGGUAUUCAUUUUUUGUUGUCGGAAUCCUCAAUGUUAUUCUUCCUCGAACAGCCCACCCAUUGUCGUAUUUAGAUGUCAGUUACCAAGAAUAAAUGAAUUCUAUGAUUUUGAACCACCAGAGGAAAAAGAAAAUGGAGGUCUACUCAGUCCAGACGAUUUUGGCCAAAAACUGUGCGUGGUUUGUGGAUGUGCUGGGCCAAAACAGUGUGGGAAAUGCCACAAAGUUACAUAUUGUAGUCGUGACCAUCAAACAGUCGAUUGGAGAGACGGACAUAAAAUAAAUUGUGGCAAUCAAGGAUGUGAAAUGAAUGUCAGUAAAUUGCUGUUUCCAGAAUAUGAGAUUGUCACAGAAGCGGAAGAGUAUGAAGAACCUGAAGAAAAUGAGAAAUGCGAGGCGGAUAAAAUGAAAGAAUAUGCAGAAUUCAUGGAAUCUGAGGAGGCAAAAUCAGUGAUGAAAGACAGAGGACUGACUGAUCAUGAUUUGGAAAGGAUGGCAUUGCACGAGAAUGAUGAACAGUUUACUGUUUUUCAGAAAAGAAUAAAUCAUGAACCAGAACAGGUUCUCCGAUACAACAGAGGUGGUAAGCCAUUAUGGGUUUCUAGUGAGAACAUUCCCAAAGAUGAAGAAAUUCCUGCCUGUCAGUGUGGUGCUAAAAGGAAAUUUGAAUUUCAGAUUAUGCCCCAGUUACUGAUUCAUCUCAACGUUGAUAGCAUUGGUGAAAGUCUAGACUGGGGAACAUUAGGGAUAUAUACUUGCAGUGACAGUUGUGAUGGGAUUUCUUAUCACCAAGAGUAUGUAUGGAAACAAGACUACAGCAAUGGAAACAAGUGAUGAAUAUAGGUUUAAUUAAAAACAAAAGAAAAAUAAAUACACUAUUUCUUGAAUAAUA